AAGGGAUAACAUACGCGCACUGCUAUUUACCGGAACUGUUUCCUGUGUCAAAGGAUCUUGCUAGCCGGAACGAAAAGUAUCCACAUUCAACUACUGUGUGGGACAAGAGUUUCGGAUUUCAAGACAAAAUGGAUGGUGAAGAGAAGACCUACGGUGGCUGUGAAGGCCCAGAUGCCAUGUAUGUCAAGCUGAUCUCCUCUGAUGGCCAUGAGUUCAUAGUGAAGAGAGAACACGCCUUGACCUCAGGGACCAUCAAAGCCAUGUUGAGUGGACCAGGUCAGUUUGCAGAGAAUGAAACCAACGAAGUGAACUUCCGAGAGAUCCCCUCCCAUGUCCUGUCCAAGGUGUGCAUGUACUUCACCUACAAGGUCCGUUACACCAACAGUUCUACAGAAAUUCCAGAAUUUCCCAUCGCCCCCGAGAUCGCUCUGGAGUUGCUCAUGGCUGCAAACUUCUUGGAUUGUUAAAACUCAAAGAAAUGUAGCAACUUAAACAUUUUUUCUUUUAUAUUUGUUUUGACUAUUUAACUUGUUUGCCAUGUUGCUUCAGAUAUAAAACAAAGUGAAUGAUUAGUACUUUGUCAGUAUGCUUUGUAAGCUUUGUUUAUAUAAAAAAAAAAUUGCCACAGGCUUUAUGUCCAAUUUUAAUUGGUAGUAAAGACUUUCAUUUGAAUAUAAUAAACUGAAAUGGCUGCACCAGUUGCUCCAGAAUGUGGCGACCCCCUCGUACACAAUCAUUCCUUACCUCCACACCACAAUAAAGUAUGUUUGAGUGUU